CCGCUUUGAACGUAAAACAUAGCCGUUGUCGUAAAACACUGGCAAGAGCCAAUGUAACAACAUAACCAACUGUACGGAUUCAAAGUCGUUAUAGUUUUACUUGUACAUCGACGGGAAGUCAACGUCCUGUUUUAAAAAAGUUCAAUGGCAGCGUCUACUUCGUCUUCCUCUGCGGGAGGUGUGAGUGGCAGCUCGGUAACUGGCUCUGGAUUCAGUGCAUCAGAGCUCAUCCCCCCAAGAAAAGUCCUGUACACGUAUCCCAAAGGUGCAGGUGAAAUGAUGGAAGAUGGUUCCGACAGAUUUUUAUGCGAGUCUGUGUUCAGCUACCAGGUUGCCUCCACACUUAAACAGGUCAAACACGAUCAACAAGUGUCUCGAAUGGAGAAACUGGCGAGUUUGGUGGAGGAGCUGGAAGCAGAUGAGUGGCGUUACAAACCAAUAGAACAGCUCCUGGGAUUUACACCUUCUUAAAUAGAGUGACCCAGAUGCCUUUGGUCAACAUAUCAGCCAAGUCAUUAGAGAGGGUUUAUUUCAGUUAAUAAAUUAUAUAUAUUUUUUAUUGUUUCAUUAUAUGAGUGUGACAUAUCUGGAGCUUGAAUGUGAAAGGAUUAUUUAAUCACUUUGACUACUGUAUGAGUGUGUUUUUCUGUUCCUUUUUAAAAACUAUUUGACUUUGCAUUCUAUAAUAAACCACUGUCAACAAAAA